AUGGCCGCUUGCCUCCGACCCUGUAAAUUAAUUUUGCUGAUGUUGUUCCUCACGUUCUGGCCUCUCCUGGGCCCCGGACAGAGCUUUGAGGGCAGUUACAGGCCAUCACUGGGGCCCCGUGGAAGGGGUCGGAGGAUCAAGAGCCUGGACAUGGCGACCAAGACUGGAAACAGCGACCACGUUGGAGCUUUGGACUCAACUGUCCCCAACGAUGAUAUUCUGUUUCAUGUUACACUAACGUCGUGGCUCCUGCAGAACCGGCCACAGCAGAGCCGUGACAGCCUGCCUGUAGGUGGUGAGCGCCCCGUCGCAGGAGGUGUGCAGUUUGGGCCCAGAAGGUCCGCUGGGCAUGGGAUGGGGCCCUGGAGGUUCCAGGAUUUUGUGAGCUGCCCUGACCCCGGGGAACUUGGCAGGAAGGGCGGGGACAGGAAGGGGACAGCGGGUGUCUGCGCCGGCCCGGGACGCUGUCAGCCGCGUGAGGAUUUAUGCCUGAGAGCUGGGCAGCGGGCUGACGCCACUGGGCUGACCCUGGGCCGUCGCUGCAGAGAGCCUGGCCGGGCCCGGGCGCCGGGACUUGGCCUGGAGGACGCGGCAGAAGCAGAGGAGUCCUGA